AAAUAUGGUGGCUCAGUAGUUCAGGCUCUGGGUUACUGAUCAGAAUGUCGGGUAACUGCCAAGCUGCCAAUGUUGGGCCCCUGAGCAAGGCCUGCAUUAUGGCUGACCCUGUGCCCUGACCCCAGCUUCCUAACAAGCUGGGAUAUGUGAAGAAAAGAAUUUCACUGUGCUGUAAUGUAUAUGUGACAAAUAAAGGCUGCUUCUUCACUGGGUGGUUUUUCAAUAAUGACUUACUGAUUAUUAAAACCAAAAAUCGAUCUUUACUUCUGUAAACUGAUCCCAUCAGAUCUAGCGCACUAGAUUGAAAUGAAAUGCCGCUGGAUGACUUAAUGGGCAAAGUAUGUGCAAGAAAGCUCACAAACAUCAUACAUCUAGCUCUCCCAAACCAACCAACCUUAGAUAGGAACAGAUUUUCCCUUAACUAUUUGUCAUUUUCCUGAUGAAAUACUUGGGAAUAAUACCAUGUCUGUCUCACACUACUGUAACCUACAUUGCAAUGGUUUUGUGGCAUUUUAAACAUGACUCUGGUUGAGAAUAUAUCUCAGAAACAAUUAUUUGUCCAAUAGCAUUUCAGGAAAUUACACAUUUUUACUGCGACGUCUCACCGGAGCUAAUUGGAUUCUGUCAUCCUCUCAAUUGUCUCAUUUAAAGAGGGGACUCACCAAAGCACGCCACUUUUUUUUUUUUUCACUUUUCCAUCACCAGCCAUGGAAACCUAUUUUCCUUUCCAACGUCUGGGAUGAGCCAUCAAGCAGCGCGGGCAGAAGAAUGCAAGCGCCAUGGCAACAUGAUGGGGCACAGGUGGCAUGGCACAUUGGGCUAAAUAAAAGGUGGCAGGAGAGGCAAUUGGCCCUCGGCCAUCAAAUUAAAGUAAUCAAUAGACCGGGUGACACGGUAGCUCCUUACCUUCCUAACAUUCACUCUUUUUUUGGUCUCUGACCUGGAGCGUGAGAAAGGUGCUAUGUAAAGAGAAAGAAGAAUUAUUACGGAAGAGCCGCAGCCCUCAUAGCACUCACAUCCCUGCUGAUUCUUUAUUUCCACUUGCUCUGUUCUCAUUUAACCUGCACUGUGUGUUAAUACAUUUGAUUAUGCAUGAAGUAGGAGGUUCGACUGGUUUUUAACCUCUUUGGAUAAAGAGAAAUUUAAAACCAUAUCGAUUGCUUCCAGUCAUUUAAAAAAAAAAAUGAUGAUAUCUCAGAAAAGCAUAUUGUGACAAUAUGGAAUUAUAUCAUCAUAUCACCCAGCACUAGUUGAUGUGGUAUGAUACGGAAGAAAGUCAGAGAGCCGUGUCCUGGGAAAGGCCAUUCUCUAUGCCUGGGGGCUUUAAAGUUCUGUCUCCUAAAAUAUCUUUAAGCUUUUUGUUUGCUCCUUAUACUUAAAACAUUGCUUUUUUAACAUCAUUUGUCACAGGCUUAUUUUAGUCAUUUUGAGCUUUUUGCAUGCAACUCAAACACUACAGUCAUGAAAGGUUUAAAAUGUCAGAGCAUGAUUAGAAGUUAGUGUGCUUCUUUCCAGUCACUUUGCCCUGAAAAAGCAGCUGAGGUCAUGCAAAUAUACAGUGCAAGUACCCCAUAUAAAGAGAAGCUAAUGUGUUGACAUAAAAUGAAUCAAGCUGGCAAGUUUGGAAUCUCUUCUGACAACCAGAGCAGAUAACAUUUUACACCUAGCAAAUCAUUUUUCAUGCUAAUGCAAAUAAAAUAGCUGUGGCAUGUCACAUGUCCAUUUGUCUUGCCAAGUGCGUCAUGAAGAUUCUUCUUCUUUUGUUUUUUUUUUUUUCAUGUUUAUCAUUCAAGCCUCCAAAAGGCAGCAUUCUAUGAUUGGGUGAUUGCCAGAUACUAUUUAAUAAACCAAAUUGCAAUCAAAUAUAACAGAGCAAAAAAAGAUUGACAGCAUGCCUUCAUUAGGCACCUAUGUUUCGUCAUUUUUAUAGAUACUUUAUGAAAAGGAAUUGCCCUCGUUGUCCUUCAAAAUAAAAAUGAGAAGAAAUAAGAGACUACUGUCCUCUUGUGGAAGGAAAGAGGACAACACCCUUUGAGAGAUUUCAGUUGUAAUUGUAUAGCACCUAUAGAUAUAAGAUAUGCAUAAGAGAUUAUUAAUAGAUUCUAUAAGUAAUAUAUGAUCAUGAUAUGUCAGUAUAUGUAUAUUAGGAUUAUAUACAAAUUAAUGAAUCUGUACAUAAUGUGUUCUUGCAGGUUAUAAUUGCAAACUAGGGAAAAUCACUUCCCCUUCAUUGCCUCAGGUACAAGAAUAGUCUGGACUGUUCAACAAACACAAAGGCAUAAUCAUACCACUUCCCCCAUGUCUGCUUGGACUGAAUAUAUAUGAACUGGGGUGAUUUCUACAGGUCAGUGUAUAGUAGGAAAUCUAUCCAGACGCAGGUGUCGGUCAAAAUUACUGACAUGAAGGAUUCAGAUGGGACUAAAAUUACAGAGAUCGCUUACUCCACUAAUAAUAAUAAAGUCCAAAAUGGCCUUUAGACUGUACAUCCUUGCAUCAAAUCUUUUUAACUGUGACAGACUGAAGUUUGUUUGUGUGAGUGUUUAUAAGAUUUCAUUAGGUCUCAUUUUUGGCUGCUCAUCAUUUUCACUUGUAAGCAGUGCAAAACAAAAUGAGAUUAAAGAAGCCUGUCUUGUUGCUCAGCCAGUAAUGUGAUUUUUUUGUUGGUAGAUUAGUAUUGGUACGCUAUAUGGCCAAAAGUUUGUGGACACCUGACCAUCAAACUUAUAUGUGGGCCUUCCACAAAGUUGGAGGCACACGAUUGUCUAGAAUCGCUUUGUAUGCUGUAAGAUUACAACUUCCUUUCACUGGAACUAAGAGACUCAAACCUGUUCCAGCAUGACAGUGCUGCUGUGCACAAAGUGAAGUCCAUGAAGACAUGGUUUGCCAAGGUUGGAGUGGAAGAACUUGAGUGAUCUUCACAGAGCCCUGACCUCAACCCCAGUGAACACCUUUAGGAUGAACUGGAACGACUGUGCACCAGGCCUCCUCGCCCGACAUCAGUGCCCGACCUCACUAAUGCUCUUGUAGCUGAAUGAACAAAUUCCCAUAGCCACACUCCAAAAUCUAGUGGAAAGCCUUCCUAAGAAGAGUGGAGGUUAUUAUAAUAGCAAAGGGGGACUAAAGCUGGAAUGGAAUGUUCAAAAAGCACAUCUGGGUGUGGUGGUCAGGUGUCCACAAACUUUUGGCCAUAUAGUGCAUCUGUUUCAUAAUCUUUCAUGAACCUAAGGAGUGCAGUUACACUUUAAAUAUGUUGCCUCUCAUGUGCAUAUCAAACUGCAGAGUUCGUUUUCUAUGUCUGUGGACUGUAGAAGCCAACGUAGAAUAGAGUAUGUGACCAUCCAGGCUACCACAUAACUCUUCUAAUAACCUAUUUUAAGUUUUAAAUCAAAAUAGAAUAAUUUUUCCUACAUGAACCUUUGUAUUUCAGCUUGUCUAGUCAACAUUAAAAAAUAAUAUUAUAUGAGUUUAUACAUACUAUCAAGAAUAUAUUGUUUAAAACUCUGUUCUUAGGUGUUUGAGCAAUCCUUGUAUGAAAAGGAAAAAUGAAUAUUUUAUUUUUUUACCAUGUUAGUGAAGAAUAAUGUAAUAUUCUGUGAGACAUAAAUGGACCCAGUUGAAUAGUAAAAGUCAUUGAAAGAGUGGAUAGAUGUAAUGGAAACUAAAUGAAAAGGUAAUUUGAACAAAAGACAUUGUAAUAUAAAUUUGAAUACUAAUACUUACAUAGUAAAGUAAUAUUUUAUGAGAAAAUGUCUAGAAUUAUGCUGCCUUCAUGUGCUGUUGGAAUUAUCCUACUUCCCACUUCUGAAGUGGUAAUUACGAGUAUGUCAUGUUCACAUGCUUUGGUGUCAGAAAGAACAUGAAACAGAUACAUUCAUACAUAUUUUCUUUUUCUUUUCUUUUCCUUUUAUUUUGACAACAUAACACAUAUUACUGACUUAGCUAGCUUGCUGACGUUGAUGGGAUUUUGGUCAAAUACAAGCUAUUUUAACGGUAUAAAAACGUACAACAUGCAUAGAGUGGUUGCUAAUGUACAUAAAUGAAUAUGACCAAAACGGCAAGCUCCAUGUUUUAUUAGCUGCAUGUAGAAAAAUGAACAAAACAAAAUCAUUCAGUACUGAAACUGUACUCUCCUCCGCCAUGUUGAAAGUUUAGGACUCCUCCCAUCUUGGAAACUCGGUUUCUGAGUUUCUCAGUCGUAAUUACGACUUGAGGGGUCAUUCAUGUGCAACUUCCUAGUGGGAAACUCGUAUUUACGAUAAUUCUGAUAGCAUGGGAAGGCAGCAUUAGCCACAGAAGUUUCAGAGGGUUCAGAAGCUCUUGCUGAGAAAACGCAGCCGACCAAACCCUUUUACCAAAUAGAGGAAAUAUUAUAUUAACCUAUUUGAUGUGCUGCAAACAACGCAUAGGUCUACAUUUUUGACUGCUAUAGUUUGAUCAAAUACACACAUUUUUUUGUGCGUACCCGGAGACUACUAAACCCUUGUGUGCCCAGAACAGCUUCCCUGGUUGUCCCUCCAUGACAUUAGGACUGUGUAUAUUAUUUAGUCUGUCAUUCCAUAUUUUUAUGACUUUGCAGUUGUUGUUAGUGUGCCUUGCACGAGACAUACUUUCCCUCAGAAACUGAAAUAAACCGGAAACAUCUGUUAGCAAAAUGUUGCUUGUAAACACGAUGUGGAAUCACAGUGCUCCACUCUGUUCAGUGCAAAGCAGCUUAAAACCGGAGAGUUUGCCAUGUCAGCUUGCUCUAGAAUUGCAUAUGCAAACAUUUAGGCAAAACUUCCUCAUCCAAAUGAGACUCAUGUAGCAUUUAGCAUUUGGGGGAUUAUUGCUUGGAUGUGCCUAUUUAUAUUCUGGUGCUGAGUACUCAUUAUAGUCUGACACUGAGGUAGCUGUUUAGCAGUGCACUUAGUCAGUGGCCAUGGGCGUAGGUAAAAACCUUUAAGCCGGUUGAGCUGUUUGAAGGCUUAACCUUUUUUCUCUAUGCACACUACACUGGGGUUUAUUGCGCCUCAGCGUAAUGUCUUAGGAAAAACACAGGAGCUCUAUAUUAUUACUACAUUACUUUAUAUGCUGAUAUGAAAUGAUGGUUUUUAGACUAGUGUGUAACAUGUAAUACUGUGGUAAACUUGUCUUACACCGUGGUUUGAUUGCAGUAAGAAAGCAAAUUGAUCCUGCAGCAAGGGAACCAAACAUUCUGUGUAUUUUGGGUGGCGAGAAUAAUUUUUUUAUAUAAAUGAGAGCAGCUAAACUGAGCCAAAGGACAGAGCUGUAGAAAUGUGAGGUAAUAAACUUAAAAGAAAAAAGAAAAAAGAGAGAAUAAACAGUGAAUGUGAUGCACAAAAUGUUUAAAACUAGUUAUUUCGGUAGUUAUCUAGUUUUAUUUAUUAAGUUCUCUGUGCUAGGGUGAGUAGCUGUGCUUUGCCAAGUGCAAACAUUUACCUUUUACCAUCUCCGUAUUACUAAUGAACGAGGACGUCUUCAGCCCUACAUGCCAAUGUUUUCUGGUUCAUUUAAUGAUGUUUAGCUUGAAACUAAUCCAAACCAAAUAGCAAACGAAUCAAAAGUAUGAGUUUACGCUUUAAUUAGGACUCAGUACUCGGAAUAAUAGGCGCCUGUGUUCAAACUAACAUCUUUAGUCAGGGUUAAUAAGAAGAAUGUCUAUUCCUUCAUAUAAAUCCGGAGCCACUGAGGUGACGUGAUGGGAAAUUUUUUAAUAAGGUGUGGGCAGGAAUUAAUAUAUUAAAUGCCACAAGCUAUAAAUUAAUUUAUUAAGACUACUUUAAAAUAAGUGAGACGGAGUGAAUAGACUUUUUUCACUCAUUCCGACAGUAUAAGUGCAGGCCACGUAUUAAAUAUGACAUUUCGACAACAUAUUAAGUCGUGAGCUCAAGCUACACAAUAAAUGUCCUUGAAUUUGUCCACAUAUUCAGCUUGUGGCCUCAUAAUAUUAUCUCACAGCCUCAGUAUAUUAACUCCCAGCCACACCUUUUUAAAAAUAACCACAAUGUCACCUCAGCGGCUCUGGGUUUAAAUGAUAAAAAAACAUCAGUGUUUCAGACUUAAAGCUCUGUCCGUACACGCGCACACACACAUCUCACCUCGGGUCUCUAUGAGUUUCUCUGCAUUGCAACCAGUGAAGAAGCGCUGUCAGCUAAGUGUAGUAAAAAUGAAAGUUGAUUUGCUGAUCUGAGGAAGUGUUUACAGUGACACAGUCUGAGGCUGAAGAGGAAAGGGGAGGGAGGCCCUGAGCUGAGGACUCUGUAUGUCCAAGCCUUAAUGAGAUUAAGGUGAGAAAAGAGACGGCAGGGUGAACUGAGGCUGAAAGGGAGUGGGGUUGGACGUGCAAAGGGGAGUAGGGAGUAGAAGAGGCAAGGAAGCAGCUGGCACGAGGCUCAAACUCAAGCUCCUCUCACAGGAAAUAAAGAGCCACGGUGAGAAUGGACUGGCACAGGGAGCCCCCGGGCAAAUUUAUUGCCUGCAGCUUCAGUGUAUACAAAGGCAUGAAGAGGAAGCACCUGCUUCGAUCCUAUAGUUUUGACGUGGACAAUGGCACGUCUUCAGGAAGGAGUCCCCUGGAUCCCAUGACCAGUCCAGGCUCUGGCCUCAUCCUCCAGGCCAACUUUCCCCACAGCCAGAGGAGGGAGUCCUUCCUCUACCGCUCAGACAGCGACUAUGACCUGUCGCCUAAGUCCAUGUCCCGCAACUCGUCCAUCGCCAGCGACAUGAAUAACCAUCUGCAGAGGCCAGGCCUGGUGUCUCGGCGCUCUGAGCCGGUUAUUAGUGGAACUCAUGGGGACGACCUGAUUGUAACACCGUUUGCCCAGGUACUGGCCAGUUUGAGAACAGUACGGAACAAUUUUGCAGCAUUAACCAACUUGCAGCAAGAAAGAACCACUAAUAAGAGGGCUCCCAUGUGUAACCCAUCGCCUCUCCCAAAAGCCUCCUUCACAGAGGAGGCCUACCAGAAGCUGGCCACCGAGACAUUGGAGGAGCUUGACUGGUGCCUGGACCAGCUGGAGACACUGCAGACGCGCCACUCUGUCAGUGAGAUGGCCUCCAACAAGUUCAAGAGGAUGUUGAACAGGGAGCUCACCCACCUGUCUGAGAUGAGCCGAUCUGGAAACCAGGUCUCCGAGUUCAUCUCCAACACCUUCUUAGACAAGCAGCAUGACGUGGAAAUGCCCUCGCCUCACACUCAGAAGGAGAAGGAGAAAAAAAAAAAGCCCAUGUCACAAAUAAGUGGAGUGAAGAAGCUAAUGCACAGUACCAGCCUCACCAACUCUAACAUCCCUCGCUUUGGGGUCAAAACAGAUACUGAAGACUCCUUAGCCAAGGAACUGGAAGAUGUCAAUAAAUGGGGCCUUAAUGUUUUCAGAGUCACAGAGUUUUCUGGAAACAGGCCGUUAACAGUGAUGAUGUACACAAUCUUUCAGGAGAGAGACUUGCUCAAGACAUUUAAAAUUCCAUUAGACACGUUUAUAACCUACCUGAUGACCUUAGAAGACCAUUACCAUGCAGACGUGGCAUAUCAUAACAAUAUUCAUGCUGCUGAUGUAACGCAGUCCACACACGUGCUGCUUUCCACGCCUGCUUUAGAGGCUGUUUUCACAGACCUCGAAAUUCUUGCUGCCAUUUUUGCCAGUGCUAUUCAUGACGUUGACCACCCGGGUGUCUCAAACCAGUUCCUCAUUAACACCAACUCGGAGUUGGCCCUCAUGUACAAUGACUCUUCAGUGCUGGAGAACCAUCAUCUGGCUGUAGGCUUUAAGCUGCUCCAGGAAGAGAACUGUGACAUCUUCCAGAACCUUACCAAAAAACAGAGACAAUCCCUCCGGAAGAUGGUGAUCGACAUCGUAUUAGCCACUGAUAUGUCGAAACACAUGAACCUACUGGCUGACUUGAAAACGAUGGUCGAGACAAAGAAAGUGACCAGUUCUGGAGUCCUGCUGUUGGAUAAUUAUUCAGACAGGAUACAAGUGCUACAGAACAUGGUGCACUGUGCAGACCUGAGUAACCCCACCAAACCACUGCAGCUGUACCGCCAAUGGACAGACCGCAUCAUGGAGGAGUUCUUCAGCCAGGGUGACCGUGAGAGGGAACGUGGCAUGGAGAUCAGUCCCAUGUGUGACAAACACAAUGCCUCGGUGGAGAAAUCCCAGGUGGGCUUUAUUGAUUACAUUGUCCACCCUCUGUGGGAGACAUGGGCUGACCUGGUGCACCCGGAUGCUCAGGACAUCCUGGACACGCUGGAGGACAACAGAGAGUGGUACCAGAGCACUAUCCCUCAGAGCCCUUCUCCUGCACCAGAGCAGAAUGACGAGAGCGGACGACCCGCUGCGACGAACACCACCGACAAGUUCCAGUUCGAGCUCACGCUGGAGGAGGACGGAGAAACUGAUACGGAGAAGGACAGCGGCAGUCAGGCUGAGGAAGAGGAAGAGGAGGAGGAAGAGGAGGAGGACGAGGACUCCAAAACGCUCUGCACGCAGAACUCUGAGUGUACUGAGAUCCCGCUGGAUGAGCAGGCGGAGGGAGAGGAGGGAGAGGAGGAAGGGCAGGUGUGUGAGGAAGCUUCUGUAGAACCAAUUAUGGUAGAGGAAGAGGAUGAGGAUGAGGAGGAGGAGGAGGAAGGAACGUAGCAGUGCAGGACACAUUCACUCACUGCUAACUAUGUCUCAGUGAAAUGCACAGGCAGAGGGAAGAUUAAUAAUGGCGGGAGGAGGAAAGUUCCAAAGCGCACUUUGCACUCCAUGACCUCGGCCGCUGCUCUCUCCUGGACACACGAGGACACACACACUCUGGUACAUUGUCCUUUUUUGCACUCAGGAAUAACAUUUUAUUUUUCUUUGCUGUCUUAUUUGUUUACCCUUUUUCACCCCCAAGUCUGUGCUUCUUGGCCCUCAUUUGAGGGUGGUGUGUGUGUAUAUGUGCGUGUGUGUGUGUGCUCCCCCUGGCACAUGGUUGGAAGCUAAACAUCCCCUUCAUGUGGGCAACAGUAAGAAAGAUCUGAAAAUCACACACGCAGCACAGAGCGGUGAAGAGAGAUGGACUGCAGCAGCUACGGCCACGGGGGGAAACCGGAAAUUUAUUGGAAUGUGUUCUCUGGCUUUUUCUACAUUUAAGUCUUCCUGAAAACCUGACUAAACCCACACACACAGCUCAGUGCUGUCAUGGCCUCUUUGAGUUUUUUUUGUAUGGUACAUAAAAUUGAGAUUCUUUUUACAUGAAUGCUUGUUUUCUUACAAAAACAGCAACAGCAAAGAAAACUUCUAGUGACGAGUAACUUGCAAGUAUGUGUUUAUGUUGGGCAGCGGGUUUAGCGCGCUACUUUAUAACUUCAUUCAACACUGCUGUGUCUGUUUCAUUAAUCGCACACAAUCUCUUCAUUGAAGUUUCAUUCCUAUUUUUGUCCUUUUUCUUUCAUUCAGAUAAUAUAAUCUACUUAAACACUUACCUCUAGUGAGCCUCAGCCAGAAUUGAUUUUUUCCACAAAGCGUACAUUGUUUCUUUUGGACUUUUGCUCAUACACUUUUUUUUUGAGUGGACACACAUUUUAAAUGAACCUCAUUAUAACAAAGUUACAUUACACACACCUUGCCAGGAACAUAGACGAGGCCAUUAGAUCAAACACUUUUCUAUUUCCUGUUACGCAAACAUUUAGACUGUUUUUGCCAACAUCCUGUGUUCAGUUUGUCUUGUGUCAGAUCUCAUUUAGCAUUUACUUUUCUACGAGACAAGCAAUUUCUGAGACACAUGAACUGUACACUUCAGUGUGUUAGAAGCUCAGGCUUUUCUAACGGACCUGAAUCGUGCUCCUUAUGAUAUGCCUUUUACGUUUCACUCCACUCAUAUAAAACAUCUCAUAAAACAUGGUACACAUUGUGUGCACACCAGAAAGUUUUCCAUUUGAAAAUACUGCCUAGAUUAAAGGACUAGCUAAAACCAUUGAAUAAAUUCUCAUUGAUCAUACACACAGGCUGUGCAACGGCAUUUGUGCUGUGUGUCACAAAUCCUCCAGUCUGACCGAGAGCUUUCUUAGGGCUAGAACACAAGUCGACUCUCACUCUUCAUGCCAAACCCACACUCGCGCACUGUUCUUGCACUAUAGGACUCUCAGCACUUAGCCAAGUGGCUCUUCAUUUCUCUAUAUUUAUACGUGUUUGUGGUUUUAUUUAUUGGUUCAUAUGUUUCAGUUGCUGUAUAUAUGAAGCAGUACUGUAGAACAUGAACUGUAGCAUAGAUGGCAUGUUACUUGCAAGUUACUUUCUUCCUUUUUUUUUUCCUCUACAUGGUGAGUGUGUAUAUAGAACAAACAUUUUUAAGGAAAAGAUUCUUCACCAAAACUUGAAUCCUGGCUUUUAAGUAGUAGUGAUUUUGUUAGACGUUUUUAUUUUUUAUUUAAGUUUUGUGCCAUUUUUUUUUUUGCCUCACCAAAAUGACCUUACCUUUUAUGGGUUUUGUUUUUGUCUCUGUUUACAGACAUGUAUUUAUUGCAUUGUAUAUAUUGUAAUGUUUAUUGUAAAUGAUAAGCGAUUCUUACUCUAUCAUCCCUAAUGGCGAUGGUGUUGCUGUAUUUAGUAAACUCUUGUUGAGAGAAUGUUUAUUAUAGCUAUUAUACAAUGUAAAGAUUCUGUAAAAAUGAAAAUGGAAGUAGACACCUUUGAGCUUGUUUAAUGGAGAACCAGGGGAAAGCCAAACGAUAUGACGCCACUGGUGUUUGGCCCCAGGGCUGUGCCUUAACUUCAGCAUCUCUAGAUUUCUCUUUAUUCGUCCCUCUUUCUGGACAAGAGAGCAGUAGUGCACAUGGGGAAGUUCCGCCCGUUUUGCUACCUGAGUAUCAGAGUAAGUGCUACAUUGUAAAGCUAUGGAUCUGUAUGCUGCUGCAGUUUUUUGCAUCGAGACUGGCACAAAAGUAAACAUUCUUUGUUCAUUGCCUGGCUUUGAAUGCCACACGCAAUGCACCCCAAUGCAAUAGACACACACAUGUAGGAGAACGGUGGGCUAGCUGGCUGCAUAUAUCCACUCUUAAGUUGUAUUUUCAUGCUGUUCUGAAAUGUGUUCAGGUGCUGUGUGCUACCGUCGUCUCAUCCAGCCUUGUAGAUGUGCUCAUGCACUAAGCAAAACUUUAGAGUUUGUAUGUCGAGAGCCUUUUUUUCUGACACGCAUACUGUAGAUUAUAGCAGCCCUGGACCAAAGCCAAAGUCGUGGCUAUUAUUAUUAUUAUUAUUAUUAUUAUUAUUAUUACUUGUAUUUUUCAGUGUCAUUAAAAGGUACAUAAACUGGUACUUCAAAAUUUAAUUCAUUAGGUUACAUCUUUCAAUGACCUUAAACUUUUUACACUUCUUUCACUGGAUACAUUGUCGUUUGACAGAACUGUAGAUUCUGCUUCACUCAGUUUGAAGAACAUUUAAAACAAGAGGAAACAUUUUUAUAUGCAACAUAAAAAAAUAAAAGCAUGAGUUCAUUAA